CUCCUCUCCUCAUAGAGAUGUUCUCAAACCUCCUCCUCCUCUCUAUUAAUCUCUUUAAAUUCAAUCAUAAUAAACUUUGUAAUUUCGUUAAAGCAUCAACAAUCGCCACAUUCAAAGCAGUUUCUUCUUUGUCGUAUUGUCGCCAUUAACACCAGAGGACAUAAAAGCCUAGCAAUGGCUUUGACGCGUAUGGCUUUGAAGAAUCUGACACAGAGGGUGGUCUGUCCCUCUUCUUCUUCUUCUUCUUCUUCUUUCUUGUGUCAGAGUACUACUGAGAAGGCUCUCGGCAGUGUGCAGAAACAGCGAUGGACUUCUGAACUUCUGAAGAGGGUUUCGACCGCAGCUGGUGAUGAUGAAGAGAAACCAGAGGGCCGAGAGGUCGCUGUGUCUGAGCCUGAGCGUGGUAAGAGAUUCAAGCUCUUCCCGAGGAAGAAAUGUAGGAGGGGUCUGUGGAGGAAGAACGAUCGUGACUUUGCUCCUGCUCUCUGGGAAUUCUUUCCCUCAGGGCUUGGAAAUGCACUUAUGCAAGCAACAGAGAACAUGAACAAACUGUUCGAUAGUUUGGCGCCUUCACAGCUCCUGGGUAGGUUCAAAAAGAAGGAUGAUCACUACAAACUAAGGUUUGAAGUGCCAGGAGUAAGCAAAGAGGAUUUGAAGAUCACUGUUGAAGAUGGGAUUUUGCAAAUAGAAGCAGAGCACAAGGAAGAGGAUGAAGGUUCAUCAUCUGAUGAUGAUGAAUCCUGGUGGUCGUCCAUCUACGGGGACUACCACACCAGUCUUCUGCUGCCGGACGACGCAAAAGUCGACGAGAUCAAGGCGGAGUUGAAGGAUGGUGUGCUGUAUGUGAUCAUACCUAGGACUGAGAAUCCGAAGAAAGAUGUGAAGGAAAUUCCAGUUCUCUGAUGUUUGUUUGUCUUGGUGCUUGUGAUUUUGUCUUUGUGUGUGCCUGAACUCUGUGGUGCAGGCUUUUCUUUUUGUGUGUU